AAUUAAUUUCUCCCAUUCUUUUCAGGCCACGAGAACAAUGCCGGAAUCCAGAGACAGACUAGUAAGGCGGGACCCGAUCGAGCUUCUCUUCGUUCUUCGUCGAGGGGUUGCAGGUAUUCCUCAAGAUACCGGACCGCAGAGGAGUUUUUUUGUGUCGCCGUCAAGGCCUGAACCGCAGAGGGGUUUGUUCGCCUCACCUUCAAGGACUGUUAAUGAUAGUGGUGGUGGUGGGAGGAAUUUGUUUGCGACGUCUCUGCAGCGAGGGUCGAUGGCGAACACGGUUCAACGAUGGCGUACGGGAGGACCCGCUCGGCGAGGCCGCGGACGUGGUUCGACGAAUAAUAGCCCUAUACCUUCUUGGUACCAGAGGAGGCCUCUUCGGGACGUCACUGACGUUGUGCGCGCCAUUGAGAGGAGGAGGUCUCAUCUUACAGAUCCUGAAAAUGCUCAACUCCAAAGCCCUCUGCCUGCUCCACUCGAGCAGAAUACAUUUUUCAAAACUCCCAAACCAAGAACUGCGGUGAAGCCCUGCACACCUUCUACCAGUCGUUUAUCAAAAGUUCUGCAGGACUUUGAUAAGAAAAAUCCAACAGAGUUCGAUUUCAUUACCCCACAGAAGAAGCUUCUCAAUUCCAUCGAACAGGUUGAGAAGGUCGUGUUGGAGGAGUUCAGAAAAAUUGAGAAGUCUCGCAGUGCCAAAAAGGUGCAAAGGGAAAAGAAGGUGCGUACAUUAAUGUCAAUUAGAUGACUGGAGAGAGAAUGGGCUGUGAAGGGAAGCUCGGGAGGUGAGAGAAGGGCUCUAUGAUCAUCCUCUGAUGAUCUACUUUAAAAUUUGAGGUUUAUCGGGUAGAUAGAUUAGUUCUCUUCUGUUUUGCUUUAGGCUAUUAAUGUCUUCUGCUGAAGGUCUGUUGUAGGAUUUGUAGGCAGGUUUUGGUUCUUAAAAUCAUUGGCUGAGGGUCUUGACUUAGGACUAGUAGGCAUCGAUUUGUAACAAUGUAAAUAGGGAUGUUUCCUCUUCAUUACUUGAGAGAAACUCUUAGACCAUGUUUGAUUUCUGAUAUCGUUCAAUAAAAAUUGGUGAUCAUUUGCAGCUA